CAGUGUUGCAAGCUAUCACCGGAAAAGGCGACUGCCCCUUGUAAGUGUAUUGCAGAGUACAUAUGUUGCCGCACGCGGCCGUUUGUGCCAACAUCUCCGCCCCAAUGACGUGCAAGCUCGUAUACAGCAGAGCUCCUUGAGAUCCCGCGACAACGGAGGUCCAAGGCAGACACGAGCUUAUUGUUGAUCCUUCGAGGCAGUGUAGCCUCAAUCCCAUCUUGUCCUGACAGACACAACUACAGCUCGCAGCUGCAGCCUCCGAUUUCCACUCAGCCUCACUUCCGCAAUGACGGGCAACAGCUCCACCGUCCAGUCCCACGAGGACGAGACCGCGCGAGAAUACUUCCACCAUUCCUCCGCCCAGCGCGUCAACACCGACGCCGUGGUCGUCGAAUCGCUCCGCACGCAGUAUCCCAACCUCGACCUGGUCAUCGCUCCCCAGGGCGGCCUCAAUCUGCUCGCCUAUGCUGCCGCCGGCUUCGCGACCGUCGCACCGCUCGAUGACCCCAUCGGAGAUCCUGUAUACGGCACCGCGCUCAAAUGGCGCUCCUACAUCCCUCCGUCGCGGAGGCUCGACGACAGCCCCGGCGUGAUGGCUGAGCGCGUCGUCUUCGGCAAAUACAUGUACAAAUGGAAAGACCACGAAUUCAUAGUAUACAUCGCGUCUGGCAGGGACGGGACGAUGUCGUAUCCGGAUAUCACAAACCACUACAUCCUCACGAGCCAGCCUCAUAGAGUGGACGAGCUUAUCGAGAAAGCCACAAUCUGGGGCGUCCAGCUGCAUGACGAGGUCUGGGUAUUUGACCAGGGUUUCUGGCAGAAGAGCCGCGACCUCUGGGAAUCGGUGGAGAAGAGCCGGUGGGAAGACGUCAUUCUGGAGGAAGGCAUGAAGAAGGCCAUCAUCGCCGACGUGGAGAACUUCUUCGACGGCCGGGACACGUACGAGAACCUCAAGGUUCCAUGGAAACGUGGUAUAAUCUACUACGGACCGCCAGGCAACGGGAAGACAAUCAGCAUCAAAGCCAUGAUGCACUCGCUGUAUCAGCGCGGCAAGGACGGCAACUCCAAAAUGACCGUUCCAACCCUGUACGUGCGCACACUAGCCUCUUUCGCGGGCCCCGAAUACUCCAUCCGCGCCAUCUUCGCCAAAGCCCGACAAGAAGCACCCUGCUAUCUCGUCUUCGAAGACCUCGACUCCAUCGUCGACGACCACAUCCGCUCGUAUUUCCUGAACGAAGUAGACGGCCUCCGCUCCAACGACGGCAUCCUGAUGGUCGGCUCGACGAACCACCUCGACCGGCUCGACCCCGGCAUCUCGAAGCGCCCCAGCCGCUUCGAUCGCAAAUACUACUUCCCGGACCCGAACUACGAGCAGCGCGUCGCAUACGCAAAGUAUUGGCAGGGCAAGUUGAAGAGCAACGACGAUCUCGACUUCCCGGACAAACUGUGUCCGGCGAUCGCGAAAAUCACUGAGAACUUCUCCUUUGCUUACAUGCAGGAGGCCUUCAUCGCCUCGCUCCUUGCCAUCGCUGCGCGCGGCAACAAAGACCGAGAUACUGCGGAGUGUGAAUCGCAACGCUGGGCUGGUCCGCAUGAUCCCAUGGCACGCGCUGAAGCGGUUGGUGGAGGGGGCGAGGAUCCGGCACUCGGUAAGUUGGUGUUGUGGGUCGAGAUGCAGAAACAGGUUCGCAUUCUGAGGGAGGAGAUGGGCGAGCAUAGCGGUAAGAGGAAAAACGUGGUGUUCAGAGGGCCGAGGCAAAGCGAGGCAGCGAGGGGAGGGGGCGGUAGGCCUGCGUUUGCACAGAUGCCGCGGGGCUAUAGGGAUGAGCUCGAUGCUAAGCUGCGUAGUGCUAAAUUUGGGCUAUGAAGCGGGCGAGAGUAAAGUUCUAUCGUUCUCGGCUCAAACAUGGUGGAUUGGGGGAGCUCCGGUUUGAUAUCGCCCUUCCACAUGAAAUGUCGGAGUCGGCCCAUGAUGCGUAGCUCUAGAACAUGUGAUAAAUGCCAAUAGCUCCAAAAGAGGAGCAAAUCCUGAAAACUCAUCUUCUUUUCUCUCCGUAAGAGCUCCCUCUUUCCCAUCCCACCUUGGGCGGGUUCCCUGCCUGUGCAGCACCUUCUCAAAGCACGGCAAACGCACUGCAGUACGACACACUGCUGUCUCUCAAGCUCUCUACCUCACUACUCCUCUCAUACCUCACAAACUUAAACCUGCCCCUCCCCUCACUCAUCCC